UCAACCGCUAAGAGAGACAAAGUAGUUUUGAAUUUUACAGUUACUUGAUAAAUACAAGAUAUAAAACAAUGCCAGCAUUCAAUGUUCCAGUCCCUCCAUGUGGGUGUUUAGAAGUUGUGUUUUCCUUCGACACCACAGGCUCUAUGUACACGUGGUUAGAGCAGGUCCGGGGUAGGAUCCAGGACAUGAUACAACGUCUGCAGUCCGACAUCCCCGGCAUCAGAAUGGCCGUGUUCGCCCACGGGGACUACUGUGACGUUGACACUUACGUCACAAAGUGGAUCGACUUCACUACUGACGUGGCCCAACUUUGUGAAUUCGUAAAGAAUGCUGAGAAAACGAGUGGGGGCGACGCCCCUGAGUGCUACGAACUAGUUCUGAAGCAAGUGAGAACAGAGCUGUCGUGGACGCCAGGCUCAAGGCGUGUCCUCGUCUUGAUUGGCGACGACAACCCGCACGAGCCAAAGGAAGUUUACAUCAAAGGCAAGAAAGACAGGAUCAACUGGCGGGACGAGACCAAAAAUCUGGCAGCCAAUGACGUGACGAUCUACGGCGUGCAGUGUGGCCGCAACAACGCGGACGCUUUCUACAAGACGAUCUCUAUCGCCACAAACGGUAAACAUCUACGUCUGGAGGACUUUGGGAGUAUCUUCGACACCCUGAUGGCUGUGUGUUACAGAGAGAGUAACGACACGGCCAUGCUGACGAAUUACGAAAAAGAAGUGCGAGCCCGAUAUGGCGAUGGUAAACUUGCCAUGGACAUUGACGCCAUUUUCGCUUCUCUACGUGACGGGGUCAAGAAUACCACCAACUUGGGCGUCACUACACCAAAGAAAUGUGCUGGCCUCCCGCCAAAAACGAAGAAAGCAAAAACUUUAAAACUCGUUAAAAAGAUAGCACCUAAAACCAAGAAAAAUGACAUUGUUCCAAAACCUAAGCGUGGAAAUAAACCAAAGACUCUGAUAAGCAAGAAAAAGCCAAACAAUUCAAUACUUAACAAAUAUAAAUUAAAAAAUCUUCCGCUACUCAAGCGUGAGAACGUUCCGGAAAUUAACUUCAACCUCCGAACUUUGAACUGGAAGCCUUGGUUUCUGGCAUUGGCCAGUGACGAGCCAAACGAAAACAAAACCCAUUGGCAGAGAAGAAACAGCAAACCAGGAUACACGUUAAAAACAUUACCAGCCACUCAACGAAUGCGUCCUUCUAGCUGUUUGCUUGAGGUGUCCUUACAACACGGCGGGGUCAAGAGUAAAAAGUACACUGUCUUCAGCAAGUUCUCCAGUCGUUGUUUUGGAACAGUCCACUGGGAGAAACGUCUGUUCGGGUCUGACAGCGCACAGAUAGACCAUGCAUUGCUGACUGGAUGCAAAAUUUACCUCAGAUAUUGUGUCGUGGGAUCGAGGGAAAAGAAAGACGUGGCUAAAAGUUUGAAAAGAUAUGAUUAUGCUUGGAAGAAUUAUAAAAACAUCAGACCUGGUGCCAGAUAUGUAGUUAAAGGGGGAAUCAAGAUUUCCAAGCCGUGAAUAGACAGCUUUAAAAGAAUCUGAACAAAUGUGUAGGGUCUACA